UUCACAUGUAGGGAACGUGAAUGGGUUGUAGUGUGAUCAACACAUGCUUAAUGUUCUGCUGCAGCUAUUGUGCUUUCUUUGUUAAAAAUUUCAUUGACAAAUUCUUCAAAAUGGAGAUGUUGCAUCAGAUUUAGCAGAAUGUUUUGGAGAAUUUUUUAAGUUAGCAGCAUUAAGUGGGAAAUGUGGCUCUUUAAAGUCAAAAUCAGUUUCCUCAAAUGUAUUCUUCACUUUUUCUGUUGGAAUAGUACAGAAUAGACAGGCAUACUCAUUUAACAUAUAUCUUGCUUUCCAAACUUAAAUAGCAGUUCAGCUCACAUUCUAUUUCUGUUCCUUGGCAUUUUGAGUCUUUCCUCAGAAAAGUCAGGUACCAUGGAAAAAGGUGUUAUAUCUUUAGUUCUAACAAUCUGUAAAAUAUGACUCAUUUAGUCAUAGACUGAUAUUUGAUUGAACAUAAUUAAGGAACCAAGAUGGUUGUUUUCAUUGUAUGGAUGUUUGCAGAGAAUGACCCUUCCUGUCUGUCUGCUUCAGAUAGUUUAAUGUUUACGGCUCUGUUUGACUCCUCCUCCUCUGCUGGACUAUAGAGUGGACCAAGAAUGCAGUUACAUAAAUUAGUCAGUAGAGGUCAGAUGUGGCCUAAGAUUAGAUUUUAUUGGUGCUGAAACACACCCUAUAUACUGACUCCUCCAGCUCUCUCUAUUUUGGUGUGUGUCACUUGUGCUGUUGAUGCAAAAGACGACAGGGGUUAUUAACCAAAACAAAACACCCGAGCAUCGAAGCAUGAAAAACACAGUUAGUAUGCAGAGAGAACAGUGACGUAUCAGAGAUUUCUUAUCACUUCACUUGUUCAGUUCAUACCUCCCUUCAGACCUGCUGAUUACUUAUCUGAGCCCCUUUAAUUAUGCAGUGAUUUAGCUGUGGCCUGUGCAUUAGCUCUAAUGAUAAGGGAAAGAAUUUGAAUUCCAAGGUCAAAUAGAAACAAUAUUAAGUGUGUGCAGAUAAUUUUCCUGUUUCUGAAUAUCCUUUGCACUUUUUUUCUGUAAUCCUCUCUAUGUCCUCUCAGAAGUAAAGUGAUUAUUUUCAAAUUGCGACAGACUCCACAGACUUUAGUCAUCCUGCAAAGAGAUUUAGCCAAAAGCACAAAUUUCUCGAUUGAGCUUAAACUAGAUCAUGUCACACCAACAAACCACCCGUUGGCUUAUCUUCACACCACUGUAUGUGUCAUUUUGUUGCUCCUGGCACACAACAAAUUUGUUCCAGCACAUGUCCUUGCUUUAAACUCUCUCCUAAGUUGAGUCAUUUUAUAAUAUUUACCCACAACACUCACAUAGGGAGAUUCUCUUAGUCACAGAUUGUAAUCCUUACUUUGAAGAUCUAACGAAAAAGAGUGUGAAUUCAACACAUCAUAGUUCCUGUCAGUCUUUUAUUCCUGAACUGACACCUCUGAAUCUGUUCCCAUUUGGCCCAGAUUCUCACUGAGGUUCGCGGUGAGGCAGCCUGUACCCUGUAGGCAGCCGGCUACAAACAUGCAGUGACAAUUCAAAUUAAUCCAGUUCACUGGCUCUGGCAGUGACUCAGGAUGGAAAAGAUGCAUACGCAGCCCGCAAUGCUUUGGUGACCGUUUUAAAGAGGCAGGGAUUUGAAAAAAGGGGACAAAACGUAUAAACCCCCCCUCCGCAGAGGACAGUUUGAGUAUUCCAUCAGGUAUACGGCCCAAUUUUAGCUCAGCACUUUUGUUCUAAAGGAAGUAGACUGGAACGAUGCCAGGUCCAUUUAAAAGGCAGAGAGCGCGCCUUGUGGCUAAAGUGGUCUGAUGCACAUGCAGCAACUGCAGCAUGGGAUCUGUCUAGAGUAUUGUUAUGCAAGCAGGAAGAGAGCAGCCCCACUUGAUCUAGACAUCGGACAGAAGCUGAGAUGCUCUGGAGUUGGAAGCUGCUGUUUGGUGUGUCACCAUCAGAGAGACGUUUUUUUCAGAAGGACAGAGAGGUGGAGACUUGACUGCAAUGCUCAUUACUCAAAUGAUUUUACCUGCAUGCGCACUUGACUCCAUCACACCAAGUUUUGUCAGCAUCAUUGCAGAUUUCUCUUCUGUGAUACAGUGACUCCCACUAACCAUGAACAAUGGAGCCAACAUCAAAGUUUUAUCCCAAAGCCAAAGUGAUGCAAGCGUCAGUUCAAGUCUCCGUUUACCUCAGACCAUGAUGCCUCUGCCAAAGAUGGAUUCCAAACAGUACAGCAGCCUCCCCCUUCCCACAGUGCAGUAUCAGCUCGCCUCCAGACGACAACUUGCAUAUUCUUCAUCAUCUGUUUCCUCAGAUCCUGCAGACUUGGUGAGAGGUAAAGUUUUAAAAGCUAACCUAAUGCAGCAAAAGAUUGGUUUGCAUUCUAACAGAGGCCCAGUCGGUACAGAGCGAAGCAACGGAACAUGUUCGGCAUACAGCAGCCCUCAGAUUGCAAAACGAGACGUUCCACGUUCCAAAGACACAUUGGAUCUGCGAAACAGUGUAUUGACACACAAGGCUUUGAGAGACCUACAGCUAAGGAGAAACACCAAUAAGAACUGGACUUUUGGAAAGAGUCGUCUAAGGAGUCUAGACAACGCGCAAGAGGGGGACACCUUACCGAAGCACUCAGCUAACUUUUAUCCAGACCGAGAACGAGGAAGUUUCCUUUAUACCAAAGGGACAAAUGGGAAUGAAAGAUCACGUCCUUCUUCUGCUGGACUGGAGCACUUCCAAAGAGAAGUGAGGAACAUCUCAAACCAGGACUUGGGAGGUUUUGUGGGAGAUUUUCGUGGUAAUAAACCAAAAGAUUCUUACCAGAAGUUUAACAUGAAACGAAGAGGGAGCGAGCCAGGAAAAAUCAACAUGGCUGCUGUUGCUCCAUUUAGGUUCAGGUUUCAGGUCAGUGAGGAUACAGAUGCUACACUUGAUGACCUGAGUGACUGCUCCUCUGAUUCCAUGGAGGUCUGCUGUGAUGAUUUAGUGAACACAUGGAGGUCUCCCCAAUGUUACUCAUUUCAUUGCAUCAUAGCAGCUGACAAGCACAAAACUGAUCGCAUCUACUGACCAGGGAAAUGCUCAGGAGACAGCUGUGUGACUGUGUGUGUGUAUACACGCACUGAUGUUCCACAGUCACAUGGAUGGCCAGCUGGAGAAUGUAAAUCAAACAUAAUUUUGGAAGAAAUGAAAGAUUCUACUCCACCCUUCCCUCCUGAGGCUUGGCUGCGAUUCACUUUGACUGAAUGAGCAAAGCGUUUUAACACAUGAUUCAUGUUAGACCCUCAAAAUUAAAACUACCAACCAAGAGUGUGUAACCAUUUCACUGAGUGAGAAUGAGGGAAUAAUGUUAGUGGAAUUUUUAAAAUUUUGUUUUUGCACUUGCAUUUUGCUUUCACCUGUCCUGUUUUCACUUAUAGAAAUUAGAGUGUGUCUUACCUAUCAUAAAAUUAAUUGUGUGUGCAUAUUCUGAUUACAAUUGUUACAACUGAUGUUUAAAAAUUGAAUGGUUUAAUUGUGGUCUUCAUAACAUUUUAUUAUUUCAUUUAUUUAAAGUAAACAACAGAAAUUGGACUUACCAAAUAAAACUAGAUGAUUUUAUUUGGUUUUGUAUGCACAAAGUAUACAAACAUUAAAUGUAAAUAUAUAAACUAAUUUAAACAAACAACUAUUUGACUUCUAUCAUUAAUAAAAAG